UGCUGAAGCAACAUACAUACCUUCUAUCUCUACAAAUCAACUAAUCAAUGGCAUUAGCCCCUCCUUUGGCUCCGACCUUUUCUUCUCAAUCAUGGAAUCAUGAUGUUUUCCUUAGUUUUAGAGGUGAAGAUACUCGGAAGACUUUUGUGGAUCAUCUCUAUAAAGCUCUUUUGCAACAAGGUAUCGACACUUACAAGGAUGAUGAAACACUUCCACACGGCGAAUCAAUCGGUUCAUCCCUCACGAAGGCUAUUGAGGAAUCACAAAUUGCCGUCAUAAUAAAAACUAUGCACAGUCGCCGUGGUGCUUGGAUGAACUUGCACAUAUUAUGAAAUGCAAGGAGACUAGAGGGCAAAUUGUGAUUCCUAUAUUUUAUAAUGUGGAUCCGUCUGAAGUGCGAAAUCAAAAACAAAAAUACGGAGAAGUAUUUGCCAAAUAUGAACCGGAAUACAAAAACAAAGUUGAAUCUUGGAGAAAAACACUUGUGGAUGCAUGUAACCUUUGUGGAUGGGAACCCAAGAACGUUGCGAACGGGCAUGAAUCAGAUGUUAUCAAAGAAAUUGUUGAAGAAAUUUCACUGAGGUUAGGGCCAGUAACUUCAAAUGCAAAUGAGAAGCUGAUCGGAAUAGAGGCCCGUGCUCAACGUUUGAAAUCCGAGUUACAAAUAAAGUCAGGUGGUGUGCGAAUGAUUGGAAUAUGGGGGGUUGGGGGUGGUGGUAAAACUACUCUUGCAUCUUCUAUAUAUGAUGAACUCUCUAGAGAGUUUGAUGGUUGCUGCUUUAUUGCAAAUAUUCGAGAGGAAUCAAGAAGGCGUGGUUUGGAAGAAUUGCAAGAAAAAUGCCUUUUAAAAAUGGAAGCAAACACUGUUGGAAGAGGAAGAUGCUUGAUAAAUAAGAGGUUUCGCCACAGAAAGGUCUUGAUUGUUCUUGACGAUGUCGAUCAACGUGAACAACUAGAAGCGUUAGCUGGAUCGCCUGAUUGGUUUGGUGAAGGAAGUCGCAUAAUAAUCACAACUAGAGAUGAGCAUUUAUUAAAAGCUCACAGAGUUGUGGUACAUGAGAUUAGCUUGUUAAACGCUGAUGAGGCUAUUGAGCUCUUUCGCAAGCAUGCACCCCAGGGUUCCAUGCCUAUGGAAGAUUAUGAGCAGCUUUCAAAAGAGGUGGUCUCUUAUGCUGGUGGGCUUCCAUUAGCACUUACAAUUCUUGGUUCUUGUCUGUGUGACAAAAACAUUCAGCAGUGGAGGAGUGCUUUAGCGAGACUACAACAGAUCCCUGAUGCUAAUAUUCUGGAAAAGCUAAAAAUCAGCUUUGAUGGACUUGCAAAUGUUCAGAAAGACUUGUUCCUUGAUAUUGCAUGUUUUUUCCGGGGGUGGAAGAAAGACAGGGCAAUGGAGAUACUUGAUGCAUGUGGUUUUAAUCCUGUUAUAGGAGUAGAGGAGUUGAGACAAAAGGCUCUCAUAACUAUUUCGGAUGGAAGAUUUAAUAUGCAUGAUCAGGUGCAAGAAAUGGGACACUACAUUGUUAGGGGGGAACAUCCUAAGAAUCCUGAAAGACAUAGUAGAGUUUGGAAGAAGGAAGAUGUUCUAACACUAUGUGCUAUGGAUGCGACAAUGGAACUUGACAAGAUUGAAGCAAUACAAAUUGAUUACAGUAGUUUUGGAGUACAUGAAGAACCUCCUCCUAUUGUUGCAAACAUAAGGAACCUUCGGUAUAUCAGAUGGAAAGGUGAUCCAAUCAAUCAUUUGGUUAAUAACUUUCCACCAAGGGAACUUUGUUGUCUAAUAUUGCGUACAGGCUUGCAAGACCAUCUUUGGAAUGGUUAUAAGUAUCUACCAAAUUUGAAGAUAAUGGAACUUUGGUAUUUGGAUAACCUAAUCAUGACACCAAAUUUUGAUGGACUUCCCAAGCUUGAAAGAUUCAUUCUUAAAGGAUCUCCACAUUUGAAAGAGAUUCAUUCAUCGUUUGGAGGCUUGGACAGGCUUGUUUGCUUAUGUAUAGUAAAGUGCGAGGGUAUAAAGAAAUUUCCAUCCAUUACUCGACUACAAAAAAUCGAGACCCUUUCAUUUGCAGGGUGCCCUAGACUUAUUGAGUUCUUAAAGAUCCAACAGAAGAUGGACAAUUUGGGAGAUGAAGACAUGAGCUCUGGUGGUGCUUGGGAGUCACCCAACUUAAACCACAUAGUGUUAUGUUUUCUUGGCAGAUGCUUAAGAGAUUUGUGUCUGGGCUUGUGUGGUUUUGGAGAUGAAGACAUCGGCUCUGCUGUUCGGGAACGAUUAUCUUUUUCUUGCCAAUACUUAAGAAAGUUGGAUUUGAGUGGUUGCAAUUUGGGAGAUGAAGACAUGAUCUUUGCUGUUUGGGAGUUACCAAACUUGCAAGAACUUGAUCUAUCACACAAUAAGUUUUCACGAUUAGAUUUUAUUCUCAUACGAACUCCGCGUCUCAAAAUUCUCAAUAUGUCAGAUUGCAUACGCCUUGUAGAAUUGUCAGAGCUCCCAUCAAGCAUAGCUAUUCUUAAAGCAAACAAUUGUAGCUCACUUGAAACAUUUGGAGAUAUUUCAAACUGUAAAUGGCUGUGGAAAGUCUCGUUUCGUGGGGUCAAAAAAUUACGUGAUCCACCUAAUGGUACAUUGCUAGACUCCAUGCUCAAGGGAAAUGCUUUUAAUGAUUACCGUAUCAGUGUCACUCUUCAACACAAUAUUCCAAAGGGGAUUGUUGGUAGGCUCUUACGAGGGAACGCAUUUUCACUGCGUCAUCUUCCAUGUAAUUGGUACAAUGAGUUUUGUGGGAUCUUAAUUCACGUUGUUACCUUCAAAGUAUUUCCAGAAAUUCAUAUAAUCAUCAAGCAGGAGGUCGAUGAAGUUUCUCGAUUUGAGCUUCAACGGGAAUCUAGUGAAGAACUGGAGUCUGAAUAUGAUGGAACAAAGACAUAUGUGGGAUAUGUUUCCUUUAAUUCAUUGAGGGGCAUUGCAUUCUUGAAUUCAACAUACAAUGUGAUUUUGAUUUCUCUACGCCAACAUGGGUUUCCUGUUGGAGCUGCGGAUAGAAUAGGAGCUGCACUCGUUCCUAAAAAUGAUCAGGUGCAAACAACAAAAAUCGAGACAGAUUGCUCAGAAUUUUGGGAUGAAGAUCAUUUUAGACCCACAUUUACGAUCAAACAAGAUUCAAAGUCAUAUAUUAAUAUUUUAUGGAGACCUAAUCAUUAGGACAAGAUUAGGACACAACAUCUAGCAAACUCAUAUAGAUAUCUUUCCUGCUUUUCUCUUUGAAGGAUUGCUCUGCCGCUUUUGUUUUUUGCUUCUGGCUUGGUAGUUUCUUUUACCAUCAUUUACUUUUUUUUCCUGCAUCUGAGUGUUGUUCUUUUUCUUUCUUCUAAUAACAGAAUCCUUAAUUAGAAUAUAUAUGGAUAUUUCAACAUAA